AUGGCCUCGUUCCUUCGCUGGUAUGGCGUGAAGCUUGCACAGCGCCCUAUGCUCACUCAGAGUGUCACUACCGCCGUCCUCUUUGCGACCGGUGAUACUAUGGCUCAGCAGGGUGUCGAGCAGGUUGGCUUGAAGAACCACGAUCUUGCCCGCAGUGCCCGUAUGGCGCUCUACGGCGGAGCUGUCUUCGGUCCUCUCGCUACCACCUGGUUCGGCUUCCUUCAGCGCCGCGUUCGCAUUCCUGGCUCGCCCAACGCAGAGAUCCUCGCUCGCGUUGGUCUUGAUCAGACCGUCCUUGCCCCUCUCAACUUGUUCGCCUUCCUGUCCUCGAUGGCUAUCAUGGAAGGUUCGGAUCCUCAGAAGAAGAUCGAGUCCACCUACUGGAACGCUCUGUCCAAGAACUGGAUGCUCUGGCCAUUCGUCCAGGCCGUGAACUUCAAGUUCGUUCCUCUCCAGCACAGAGUCCUUGUCGUCAACUUUGUCUCGUUGGGCUGGAACUGCUACCUCUCUUACCUCAACUCCACCGGCUCUCCCAUUCCCAAGGAGCUUCCUCCAUCAUAG